AUGCUCCGCCAAUGUUGCCGCAGUAGAGCUCUAGCUGCUCUACGUCCUCGGAUACCACAGUCGCAAAGGGUGGGACAAAGCCUAGCUCUACUUCAGAAGCAAAGAUGCGGAUCUCAACUCUCGUCGAGUCGCCAGGUUCGCUACUUGUCAACAACCCAAACAAAGGGUGCUCAAGACGAGUCAACACAUGCACAGUUGUCUGAGGAGUUCAAGGAGUGCUUCGCAUUUCCUCAGUUGUCGCCCCCCGAGACUUGGAGUACACAAGGAAGCCAGAUUGUCGUUAGCGGACACAUCGGUCGAGCUAGGAAGGUCGGCAAGAAUCUUGCCUUCGCCCACGUAGAACGAAACGGAGAACGGAUAGGACAAAUCUGUGCAAAGGGCGAAAAUGCUGCUAUUCUCAGCAAAAUUCGGCCUUUCAGUGCGGUGCUCGCCUCAGGUGUUGUUACGGAAGCCUCCAGCGCCACGCGGUUCGAGAUUGAUAUGGAGUCGAUACAAUACCUCAACCCUUUCCCCAAAGACAUCAUCAUUGGCCCAGAUACGGUCUUCCCGCCAGAGCAGCGCCACUUGCAGUUGCGUUUCCAUGAGAAGUUGAGGGAAAGACUGCGCUUUCGUGCUCAACUGAAGUCAUCUCUGGGCCAUGCAAUGGUAGAACGGGAUUUCAUGGACGUAGAAACGCCGAUCCUGUUCAAGUCAACAUCCGAGGGUGCAAGGGAGUUCAUUGUGCCUACUCGCCGUCCAAAGUACGCCUAUGCCCUGCCACAGAGCCCUCAGCAAUACAAGCAGGUUCUGAUGGCUUCUGGUAUGGCGGGUUACUACCAAUUUGCGCGGUGCUUCCGUGACGAAGACCAUCGUGCUGAUCGCCAGCCCGAGUUUACUCAGCUGGAUAUGGAAAAGUCAUUUGCGACGGGCAAGAAUAUUAUGGAGGACGUUGAGUACGUCGUUGGGAAGGCGUGGGAAACCAUGCGAGAGCAGUACGUCAUGGAGGUUGGGGAAGAUUCAUUUGCGCCAGUCAGGAAAGCAUCGCUCCAGGAUUGGAAGCAGAGUAUUCAAGACAGCGCAAAUGACAAUGCAAAGGCGCCAUUCUACCAAGAAUACCCCGCCAUCACCACCCCAUUCUUGAGAAUGAAGUACACCGACUGUAUGGAUUUGUAUGGUUCUGACAAGCCAGACCUGCGUAUACCCAACAGGAUCUGCCGAGUUGAUGAGAGUCUGAACAAGGGUUUUGUCAGCAUGAUCACCGACCUUGAGUCGCCCAUCGUUGAAACAUGGAAGAUUAGUCCACAUGAGGACGCUGACAGACGAGAUGUUUGGAAGUUUGUGACCGAGUUUAUGGAGAACCUGCCCAAGAGCUUAUCCGAAAACCCCGAUGGCGCCCCCACGGCCUUGAUGUUCGACAGCAGCAAACCCCUUAACGGCUUCUCUGCGUUGGGUCCCGAGGGCUUGGACAGCAUCCUUCCCUUCCUGCCUGAAGAUUCGGGCUUCUCAUCUCUGGAGAACGGCGAUAUCGUACUUUUCCAGGCACGCAAGGACCAGCCACAACAAGGAGGCUCCACGAAGCUGGGCGAGACCAGAAUCGCCUUGUACCAUGCUGCUGUGGAAGCUGGCCUUAUCGACAGAAGCGACUCUUUCAAGUUCCUUUGGGUCACAGAUUUCCCCAUGUUCACCCCCGAGGAGGAGGGUGACGUGGGCCAGGGCGGCGCAUCGGGCUUUUCUGCUACCCAUCACCCCUUUACCGCCCCUCACUCCGAGGAGGACUUUGAGCUGCUCUUCAAGGAUCCCUUGAGAGCCAAGGCUGACCACUACGACCUCGUUCUCAACGGUGUGGAGCUCGGCGGUGGAAGCCGUCGUAUUCACAUUGCUGAAAUUCAGGAGUUCAUCUUCCGUGAUAUCCUCAAGAUGAGCCAGGACAAAAUCAAGGAAUUCUCGCACCUCCUGAAAGCUCUUCGUGCAGGAUGCCCACCGCAUGCGGGCUUCGCUAUCGGCUUUGAUCGGUUUGUGGCCGUACUGAGCGGAUCCUCUUCUGUCCGGGAUGUGAUUGCGUUCCCCAAGAACAACAACGGUGUCGACGAGUUUGCCGGGGGGCCCGGUAAGAUGACGAAGGAGCAGUUACAGACAUAUAACCUGCAGUUCCGCAAGAAGGAGUAA